AUGAGUGGAACAGGACGGCUACAAGGACUUGGGCAAGGGUCUGGAAAGCCAAGUUUAAAGUUUAAGCCAAAAGCUCUGGCCAGAAGGUCUAAGGAAGAGCGAGAAAAAGCCAUUCCUAAACCUUCCUCCGAAGAGCUAAAUAAUGGUCAAAACUCGCGCAAAAAAUACAGCAAGAAGGACUUUGGAAAGCAGCAAAAACGCGUGCCGAAGUACUUGCUCAACACUCGAGUGGUUGGAGCCGGUUUCGGUGCUGAGAACUUUUCAGGUGGAGGAGCCGAUGCCAGAACCGGCUUUAUCAAAAGCGAAGGGUCGCCGAUGGGGAUGGAUUUGCUACAACGUGGUCUUCAGCAGGUCAACAGUGGUGGAAAAGGUGCGGUAGAAGAUGGCGACUCUGAAGAGGAAGGAACCACGACCAGAAUCAACAUGGGACGGGAGUACCGUGCUAAUGAGCUGUAUGCAUCGGAGGAAGAAGAGAACCCACAAGAAGAUGACGAACUAGACGAAGAAACACUGAGGUCGAAGAGACUUGCUCAUUUUUUCCCUGUCAGGGCCGUCAGAGUCCGCCAUGAGGACAUCGACGACAUGCAGAAAGAGUUGAAAGAGACCAUGUCAGAGACCAGCACACGAGGACCGACUCCAGGAGUUGCGCCUGUAAAGAGCGAGCACCAGGUGGAAGAUGAUGACAAACUAUUAUCCCCAGAGAUGGGCUUGCAACAAGGGCAAGGCACCGAGCUUCACAAUAAGCUUCACAACCUGCAUCUCGAGAGUGCGAACGAGUCGCCAGAGUCUCACGAGGAGUCGAAAAGACUUCAGCAGGACCAUGCUCAUCUUCACAAAAAGCUUUUGAGGAUCAACAAUCAACCAGGCAAAUUCAUGUUUUUCCAACUUCCAGCUGCACUGCCUGAUUUCGAAGUGCCCGAGGCUCCACGAGAUGCAAUGGAGGUCGAACCUGAAACUUUAGAGGAACCUGCUGAGCCUGCUGAUUCCGCUGACAAGACUGAAGCUAAGAAAAGUGAGGAGAAGUCUAAAUCCUCCGAAAACGUGACUUCCUCCAAUCCUCCCAAACAAAACGGCAGUAAAAAGGCAGAUACCACAGAACCUACAAAGCUUCUUACUGGAAACAUUGGCUCUUUACGGGUUCACAAAUCGGGCAAGUUGUCUGUCAAGAUUGGCAAUGUUGUAAUGAACAUUAACAGGGGUGCUGAAAAUACAUUUCUGCAAGAAGUCAUUGCACUGGACGAACGCGAGGACGAGCGAACAGUUGAACUCUUGGGCCAGAUAGCCGGGAAAGCGGUCGUGACGCCAAUGUUUUGA